GGAGAAAGGAAGCAUGAAGACGAUGUGGUAAGUUAUGAGUGAACUUUGAAAAUAAUUAAUGAUAUAAUAAGGACUGCAGAGAAUUUGAAGAUUGGAUUUUUAAUAAUAUUAGAAAAUUUUACUAGAAACCCUUGUGUCCUUAAAUUUUCAGUUCUACAUCAUGGCCGUGUCAACCUCAACACCAGCCCCUGUUGACGCGCCCAAGGUCGUCACCCUCACUGACGAGGAGCGGGAUAGCGGUGUCAUGAGCGAUAAGAAGCUCUACGAUGCCAUCGAAGCUUUCUUCGAUGAAGGCCUUGUUGUUAUCGAGAAUGCUAUCGAUGUAGCUAUCAUCGAUAAACUUAACAAGAGGAUGCUAGCGGACACUAAAAAAUUACUUAGUGGACAAGGCGAAGUUCACUUCAAUCACCUGAACCAGAAUGCUGCUACUAGGGGGUCUGCGGCUGGUGGAAACUUGUCUCAGGUACCUCCGCUAGAGAAGGAGUGGUUAUUCCCAGAGGUCUACGCCAACAAACACGGCGCUCGUAUCGUAUCCAACAUCCUCGGUCCUCGGCCAGAGGUCCACUUCAUCCGCAGCAACACUCUUCUAGCUACCGAUGAGAGGCAACAAGUCCACGCAGAUCUCCGAUUUGAACAUCCUCAACAUCCCUUCGCCAUCGCGCUUAACACCUGCCUGAUUGAUGUUGGACCCGAGAACGGCACGACUGAGCUCUGGUUGGGUACCCAGAACACGAAUCUAGAUGAUCACCGCGAGCUAGGAGAGCCCAUGAUCGCGGAAGAAAAGUUAGAGGCAAGGCGUAAAGUUAGGGGGCCGUGCUAUCCUAGGUUAAAGAAGGGGUCUAUUGUUCUCCGAGACUUGAGACUGUGGCAUGCUGGUAUGCCUAACCCCACGCAAGAUGUCCGAAUCAUGCUUGCAAUUGUCUAUUAUGCGGCCUGGUAUAAGAACGGUGUUGUGACUCCCAUGUCCGAGUCUUUAAGACCCACCAUUGAGGCCUUGGAAGAUUACGGCAACAUCAAGAUCGCGACAGAAUGGGUGCCCGACGACGGAUACAACUACCUCAACGUCAAAUUCAGCAAUAACUUCAGCUCAACGCUGACUCCGUGGGUUUGGGAGAAAAUACAACAUGUCAAAACGGUAAAGGGUUAUUAGAACGAAAAUGAAUGAUGAGGUAGAGGCAUACUAAGACCUCAUCGCAUGGAACGCUGUGUAAAUCGGCACUGGGAUUAGGAUGUAAUUGACUAAAGAGAUAGUUAUAGAUUGUCAGGUUGUUUUUUUUUUUAAAAAUAGGAUUAGGAAAGAACAGAGCUGUCAUAAUUCCUCCAAA